CAAGUUUUUGCUGAUUGCUUCUUUUUCACGUGAAUAAUUUCUUUUAAACAUGUUAACUAAUUUUUAAAUUAAAUCUUUCCAUAUUUGUCGAUCUUCGUAACUUAAAAAUAAAAUGUUUUGAAACCACAGGACUUCUGAACAAGCAGAAUGGAACUGAAACCCGAAAACAAUCUGAGUGAAGAAGAUGAUUGUUUGAAACAAGCUGAAACCCAAGAAGAAACCUCUUUUUCUGUGAAACCUGAUGGAGAAAAAAGUAAUAUUAAAAAAAAAGAUGGCGCCGUAAAAUCAGCAGUUUUAACGGGGAAUGUGAAUACUGAUACUAGUGUUGAAGAUGGUGAACCUCAGAAGACAAUGCACAAGAUGUAUCGGGAUAUGGAUUCUCUGCUGGGGUUCGGCAAAUUUCAGCAUUUUCAAAUCUGGGUCUUCCAGACUCUCAUCAGCAUAAUCGGGGGGUAUGACGGCCUUCAGCUCAUUUUUAUGGUCAGUGAUCCUCCUGAUUGGUACUGUGCUGAAGGAGAGGAAAAGUGCCCAAGUACGGGAGAAGUGUGUGAAGGAGGGAAUAUAGUGUACAAUACAACACAUGAAAACUAUCUCAACUCUCUCACUGUGCAACAAAACUGGGUCUGCGACCAGAAAUUACGAGGUUCAAAUGUUCUCACUGCAGUAGUUGCUGGAGUAAUCUUCAACUCACUUAUCUUUGGACAGUUAUCUGAUAAAAUUGGAAGACGAGCUAUCCUUCAUAUCACUAAUAUUCUCACUAUGGUUAUCAGGCUAAUUUCCUAUCAUCUGACCGAAUAUUACUAUCUUUUUCUUGUCUUAUCUGCACUUGGAACUAAUUUUGAACCAAUAGGGUCCAGAGCAGGACUCACCAUGGUGCCUGAGUACUGCAAUGAACUGGGAAGAAAAGUAGCUUUGAUAUCUGGUUGGGUUUGGUGGGUUGUGGGACAAACAUCCUUUCCUUUUCUAGCUAUGUAUGCGAACAAUUGGUACUGGUUGAGUGUGGGUUCUACCCUUUGUCACAUCUUUAUAGUGCUUCUAUACCCCUUUGUACCCGAGAGUCCUAGGCUAUUGUACAGUCAGAAGAAGUACGACAGAACUGCUGAAGUACUGACUACUAUCAGACGAAUAAACAAGGAUGAACCAAUCCCUGACAUGAAGAAGUUUCUGGAAGAAAUGGCCAAAAGUGAAACCGAAGAAACCAGUACAUUAGUCAUUAUGUCCAUGUUCAAAGAGCGUAAUUUGCUUCGACUCCUUAUUUGCAUGGCAACCCUGUGGUCUGUUAAUGAUUACUUUUACUUUGGUGGACUUCUCAAUGCACAAAACCUAGCUGGAAAUAUGUUCGUCAAUAUGUCUUUAACUGCUCUAACAGAACUACCAUCAGUUUUCAUUGGACAAUAUUUAAUAGACAGAUUUGGAAGAAGAUGGUCUCAUGUUGGAUGCAUGCUAACUGCAACAGGAUUUUUCCUGAUUAAUCUGUGUAUAAUAAACGAGGCUGGGACUGAUAAUGCAGUAUUCGGAAUAUCUCUAGCUGCUAAAACAGUCAGUAACGUUUCCUGGUAUAUCAUGUGGUAUCAGGCUUUAGAGGUGUUCCCUAGCUGUUUAAGAAAUACUGGAAUAAACAUGAGCAAACUAGUUUCACUAACAGUUAAAAUGUCUACCCCCUACACCGUUAAAUUGGAUAAGGUAGACAAACGCCUCCCUUAUGUUAUCUUUGUUUGUCUUGGCGUAAUCGGAACUAUAGCCAGCUUUUUAGGUAUUGUGGGUUCCUUGUCAAGCUGA